UAUAGCCCUUGUUGGCGACAACCUGGGUUCAACGUGCACCGAGUCGCAGCCACCGACGCGGUAAACCGGGUCGGCAGUUGCCGGGCGUGCGAGCCGGAGUCGUCCUCGCUGUCGUCUUCAGCCAGCAGCGUCCUCCGCACAAUUUCCUAGCCACCAUGUCUUACGUUAUCCUCGGCAGAGCCAUCAAAAGCGAAUACCUCGCCAUUGGCACCCUCGCGACCGCGGUCGGCGUGGGCUUGCUUUCCACGGGUGGUAAGAAGGAGGCAGCGCCCCCGAGCUCAGGGAAGUCGGCCAUCGAGACGGUCAAGGAGACUGUGAAGUUCAACGCUGGCUCGAGCGAGGAGGAGCAGUUGAUGGACAGUAUCAAGAAGUUCAUCGAUGACGCGGAGAAGGAGGCAAAACACUAGAGGCCUGGCAUUGCAGCACCGCCGACUAUACAAUGUGCACUCAAUGUAACCCACAAUGAACCUGCUCGUCGUCCGCAACGCACGAGUUCAUGACCUCGAGACUACGAUCAUAUCGGGCGUGCAGUGUGCCUGUACUCAGGCAUCGCGGUCCCCAUGCUGAAUACAGCGUGUUUUAUUUUGUGCGGAUUGGUUAGUGCGGACUGCACGUCAGCUUAGUCCUUCGGGCCACACCCACUGCUCCGCGGUUAUUGCCAAAAGGUGCGUCGUCCGAAAGCUUCCCGAUUGGAGGCUGACCCAGAGGCCCUUCUAUAGGAUAUUCUAUCUUUGUUCUCUGUGGUUCAGUCAUACGUCAAAAUAACGCACACGCCACGA